AUGGCGAGCGAUCAUCCUCGACAUGCCAGCAAAUGGGACGCGGCGAAGAAGAAGGCGGGAGGCGAUGCUGGGUUCGAAUUCGUCUUGAUGGGAGCUGAUGGCGCUCUGGACAAGGCGGGGAUCAGCCAAAUAAGGGCACAUACUACGAGAGAACUGCAUCGGACGAGACGGCAGACUGGCCAGGUCGUACCACGGCGACGCCGCAAUCGCGCCGGUAACAUCUUCUUUGGCUCUCAAUUCGAUCCAUUUCGGUCUCUGCCACAGCUGGCGAUAGAAGAACACAUACCAGGGAUCCUGGACGAGGUCAAGCAUAAUGUUUUCGCUGUAUAUAAUCAGAAAAGGAUGCAACAGAGCGUAUGGCCCGAAGGGACCAAAGACAGCACGUUCUUCACUUCCAUGCUGCUUCUGUGUUCGGUCCAUCUCGACGGGCUAAAUGCAAAGUCGACGUCGCCCACGACUACUGCUUUGAAGCUGGAAGCCAUGCGCCGUGUUCGCACUCUUAUCCAGCAGCCCUCCCAGGUUGCUAUCAUCAGCUGCAUCGCGGCCGUCGCUUCUCUUGCCACGUGUGCAUUAGUUCGUGGAGAGCCGGCAGGGGCUGAAGAAUAUGUCAUCCACCGCAAUGCUUAUGCGGUUCUCAUCAAAGAGGCGGAGAAUAUGAACAUGUUUCAAGAUUCAAGAUUCUGCAAGGACGUGCUGAGGAUUAUCCUAAUGAUUGCAAUCUCGAGAAGAUGCCACAUACCGGUGCCUGGCUUGGCUCCUCCAAUAGAUCCACAAACGGCGUAUAAGGAAUACGAACAGGUCUUCGAAGAUAGAUGGCAUUCAAGACUUCAAGCUGACCCAGAGCUUUAUUCCCCUUUUUACGAUGGGCGAAUAGACCCUAGCGAAGAUCCGUUCCCCUUGCUGAAACGCGACCACCUGCGACUCCUCCUUCAGAUGAUGCAGUCAGUGGUCAAAAUCUGGCUUCGGCGAAGUACCUGUUCCUCGCAACAUCAACUGAUCGCGGACGCAACGAUAUCGAUGUCACUGGGCCAGCGCAUAUUGGCCAUGCCGUCUUCGAAGGUGCCCGACUUGCCGUCCGCGGACGAUCACGUCUACGAGGCAUGCAGAUUGACCUCGGUGUUGUUGAUCCGAUCGGUGGAGAGCAACAGGCAUUGGCGUUCUGUGGCGCGAGGGACUUCCAUACUUGAGGAGAUCCGUGAUGCUCUUCAAAAGACCGACUUGGACAACCUCUGGGACAAGGAGAUUGGUCUUCUCUACUAUGUCGUGUUGAUCUUCCACAGCGCAACCUUUAACACGCCGCAUUACUUGCUCGGUCAUAUUCUGCAGAUCAGGGUACAUUUUGCAUUGACCUACUCCUACGAUGAUUGGAUCGGGGGCAUGCAACCAAUGUUGACUGUCUUCGAGUUGAUGCCGAACAAGGAGUUCAGUUUGCCAGCACGCUCUAUAACAUCGGGUCCUACAGCCGCUUACGUGGAGAGAUUGGCCGAUCUCCAGUUGACUCCCGAGCCUGACAGUGAGGCACUCGCGUCAGAAUACUGA